AUGGACACAGACCUUCACCAGAACACCGUUGUGGACGAAACCAUGCCCGACGCUUACGACAACCUGGCUGACCAGGGCGAGCUGGAGCCCCCCAAGACCGAGGAGGAGUAUGCGCAGUCUAUGCUGACUCUGCGUGCCAUCGUCUCGUCCAAGGAGGCGGGCAUCAUUAUCGGCAAGGCUGGUAAGAAUGUCGCUGACUUGCGCGAUGAGACUGGCGUCAAGGCUGGUGUGAGCAAGGUUGUUCCCGGAGUCCAUGACCGGGUUUUGACCGUCACCGGGCCUUUGCAAGGCACUGCCAGCGCCUACGCGAUUGUGGCCAAAGGCCUGCUGGAAGGUGCUCCGCAAAUGGGCAUGGGUGGUAUUGUCUCCAACAAUGGGACCCACCCUGUUCGACUCCUGAUCUCCCAUAACCAGAUGGGUACCAUCAUCGGGCGACAGGGUCUGAAGAUCAAGCACAUCCAGGACGCCUCCGGCGUGCGCAUGGUUGCGCAGAAGGAGAUGCUUCCUCAAUCCACGGAGCGUAUUGUCGAGGUGCAAGGCACUCCCGAGGGGAUCGAGAAGGCUGUCUGGGAAAUUGGCAAGUGCCUGAUCGAUGAUUGGCAGCGGGGCACUGGCACCGUGCUCUACAACCCAGCUGUCCGCGCAACCCUCGGUUCGCAGCCGAUCAACAACAGCAGCACCAGCCCGGUUGGUGGCAAUGGUUACAACAGCCGCCAGUACAACCGCACCGGCAAUGGCGCCGAUUUCAGUGAUGGUGGCUACAACCGACGAUCCAACUCGGAUGCGGGCGCUCGUGGAUACCCCCUGGUGACGGAAGACGGCGAGGAGAUUCAGACCCAGAACAUCAGCAUUCCUGCCGACAUGGUUGGGUGCAUCAUCGGCCGGGCCGGAAGCAAGAUCACCGAGAUCCGCCGAAGCUCUGGUGCUCGCAUCUCAAUCGCCAAAGCUCCCCACGACGACACCGGAGAGCGCAUGUUCACCAUCAUGGGAAGCGCCCAGUCCAACGAGAAGGCCCUGUACCUGCUCUACGAGAACCUCGAAGCCGAGAAGACUCGCCGCAGCCAGCUGCCCCAGGAGUAA